AUGGCGACAGAAUGCAAGGCCUGGCUGGACGCCCACCCGCCGGUCUCCGUCGUGUACGUCUCCUUCGGCAGCAUAGCCUCCCUGGGCGCAAGACAGAUGGAGGAAGUAGCCGAGGGGCUUUGCAGCAGCGGCAUGCCGUUCCUGUGGGUCGUCCGGGCCACGGAGACCCCCAAGCUACCCAAGAACUUCGCCCGCGAGGCAAUGGCGAGGGGGCUCGUCGUGCCGUGGUGCCUGCAGCUGGACGUUCUGGCGCACCCCUCGGUUGGGUGCUUCGUGACGCACGGCGGAUGGAACUCCACCUUGGAGGUGAUCAGCUCCGGCGUGCCCAUAGUGGCGAUGCCGCACUGGUCGGACCAGCCGACAAACGCCAAGUACGUCCAGGACGUGUGGCGCGUCGGCGUGUGGGUACGGCCGGAUUCUGAUGGAGUGGUCACAAGGAAGGAGGUGGAGAGGUGUGUGCGGCAGGUGAUGGAAGGGGAAAGGUGA